CCAAGCUCAGCACAACCUUCCUGUGUGGCUUCAGCGCCCAGAGAGUGCCAUGGACCUGGGGAAACCAAUGAAAAGUGUGUUGGUGGUGGCUCUGCUUGUCAUGUUCCAGGUGUGUCUGUGCCAAGACGAGGUCACGGAUGAUUACCCAGUAGACAACACCACGCUGGACUACACGCUGUAUGAGACUUUGUGCUUCAAAGAUGACGUGCGGGUCUUUAAGGCUUGGUUCCUCCCCGUCAUGUACUCUAUCAUUUGCUUCAUGGGUCUGCUAGGCAACGGGUUAGUUGUGCUGACCUACAUCUAUUUCAAGAGGCUCAAGACCAUGACCGACACCUACCUGCUCAACCUGGCCAUGGCGGACAUCCUCUUCCUCAUGACCCUGCCCUUCUGGGCCUACAGCGCAGCUAAGUCCUGGACCUUCGGCGUCCACUUCUGCAAACUCAUCUUUGGCAUCUAUAAGACGAGCUUCUUCAGCGGCAUGCUCCUGCUUCUCUGCAUCAGCAUCGACCGCUACGUGGCCAUUGUCCAGGCCGUCUCAGCCCACCGCCACCGUGCCCGGGUCCUCUUCAUCAGCAAACUCUCCUGUGUGGGCAUCUGGCUGGUGGCCAUCCUGCUGUCCAUCCCAGAGCUGCUAUAUAGUGGCCUCCAGAAGAGCAGCAGCGAGAACGCGUUCCGCUGCUCUCUCAUCACCGAGCGUGUGGAGGCCUUGAUCAGCAUCCAGCUAGCCCAGAUGAUGGUAGGCUUCCUGAUGCCCCUGGUGGCCAUGAGCAUCUGCUAUUUCAUCAUCAUCCGCACCCUGCUCCAGGCACGGAACUUCGAGCGCAACAAGGCCAUCAAGGUGAUCAUCGCCGUGGUGGUGGUCUUCAUUGCCUUCCAGCUGCCCUACAAUGGGGUGGUCCUGGCCCAGACAGUGGCCAACUUCAACAUCACCAGCGGCAUCAGCUGUGAACUCAGCAAGCAGCUCAACAUUGCCUAUGAUGUCACCUACAGCCUGGCCUGCGUCCGCUGCUGUGUCAACCCUUUCUUGUACGCCUUCAUCGGCGUCAAGUUCCGGAAUGACCUCUUCAAGCUCUUCAAGGACCUGGGCUGCCUGAGCCAGGAGCAGCUGCGCCAGUGGUCUUCCUGCCGGCACAUCCGGCGCACCUCCAUGAGCGUGGAGGCCGAGACUACCACCACGUUCUCCCCGUAGGCAGCUCCUCUGCCAGGACUCAAGGCCCCUGGGGCAGGGACAGGGCACAGAUGCCCCUGCUCCAACCCUGCAAGCUGCUGAGGGAAAGCGGUUCUGGCUGAGCCACAGAGGACAGACAGACUCCAACCCUCACUACCUCAUCAAGGUUGCGGAGACAUGACUGAUAAGCUAGAUCAGAGUUUUCAAUAUUCCCCUGACCAGAGUUGUUGUCUCCCCAACUGAACACCAUCUGGUGUCUAGAACUAAAUCAGAGCUAGGAUCAGAGGGAGGAUUGGCCUGGCUCACCCUCUGAAUGAACCUGUUUCCCACCUAGAGAGGAGCCUCAGCGAUUCAAAGGCCAAAGUCUUCCAGAAAACAACACUGUCUCUGAGACAGGAGGUGGUAGGGAGACUUUUGGGCUUGGCAAAGAGAGAGCCCAAUGAGUCUAAGGAACUCUCUGAUUCCCUCCCCACUCUGGCUCUCUUUUUCCACUGUCAUCUGAGCCAGCAAAAAAUGGCAGCCUCCGGGCCUCCCUGAAUCCCUGUCAGAUGCCUCUCCUCAGGCCAUUGCCCUUCCAGGCAUUCUACAAAGAAGGGUGUGGUGUUUCCUGCAGGCCAGACCUGCCUCAGCCCAGCCAAAGACAUGUUUCCAGCCUGCGCUCUGGGGGUGCUGGGAAGAUGACAUGUAGUCAGCCUUUCUCAGGUCUCAGCUCCAGAGGAGGGAAGGGCAAGCCAGGAAGAAGGUUGGGAAGGAGGACUGGGGUUCCCAGUUGGGUGGGUGACAAUACCGACUGCCCAGAGCCAAUGAGCUGCUGCUUUGUUCUUUGCCACCAAGAUCCCCCUCCCAAAAAAAAAAAAGAAGAAGAAGAAAAACUCUCAUCCUGUUCUGUUUUCAAUUCAUUAAGAGCACAUUUUGCUCAUAUGCAAAUAAAAGCUUUCCCUUGAGGAAGUAAGAACUUUAGUGAAAUAAAAAGGGGGGGGGGGAAGGUUCUUUGUUAGAUGACAAAUAAGUGUGCUCUUGUUUUGCAAACUCCUUGCCCCCCACCCGCCCACCCCACAACAGCCCUCUUCUUUCAGUUUCUCAGAGACAAGAGGUCUGCCAUGACACAGGCCCAAGAGCCUACAAGAAAGAGGGAAAGAUGGGGGAGCACAAGAUGUCCACAGCACAUGUCUCCUUCUAGCUUAUGGGCAAAGAUCCAAAGCUGUGACCAGCAGUAACUCGGGGAUCAGAGCUCCGGGGACAGUCAAAGCUGUCCCUGUACCGUCUAUGGCCGGCAAUUCUCCCCAUCCAUCAGCAACAUCAGCCAGGGCACGUGCACGGUGUACAGUAGUGUGGGGCUCAUCUUCGCCAGCUCCACUGGGAACUAGAGCCCCUGACCCUUUAUCAGUCCCCUCAGGCUCUGGUGUUGAGAAGGAGAGGCUCAGGGUUGGGUGGUGGUCACACAAUAGAGUGCACACUUUAACAAAGCACAAGGACCCAAGUUCAAGUCCCUGGUCCCUACAUGCAGGGAGAAACUUCACCAGCAGUGACACAGUACUGCAUUUUCUCUCUUUUUUUAAAUGAUUUUUAAUCGUCUUUAUUUAUUUAUUGAAUAGAGACAGACAGAAAUUGAGAAGGAAGAGGGAACUAGAAAGGGGAAAAAAAAAAACAGAGACACCUGCAGCCCUGCUUCAUCACUCGUGAAGCUUUCCUCCUACAGGUGGGGACUGGGAAUUUGAACCUGGGUCCUUCCGCACUAUAAUAUGUGCACUCAACCAGGUGCACUACCACUCAACACCCAUAUCCGUUCUCACACACUCCUCCCCCCCAUUUCCUUCUCUAUCUCUCUUGUCACCCUCAUAAGGAAAAAAAAAUGACCAUUAGGAACAGUGGAAUCAUACAAGGACCAAAGCCUGCUGGCAAAAAGAAAAAAAGAAAGAGACUCUUUCCUUGGUCUCAUCAGAGACCACAGCACACUGAGUUAACAGGUCUUGGGAUGGCGUUCCUGUGACAGUUGGCACCAUUUGCUGUUCCCUAGAGAGUGAGUCUCCCUGGCGGCCAUUGUUGCCACAAUGGUCCCCUGAUGUGGACACUCAUCAUAGAGGGGCCCAGGCCUCAUAUCCAUGUCACUGGGUCCCCUGAUGCUCACCCAAAAUUUCAACAUGUCCCAUCCUGAGACCUCCCUCUUGAGAAGGUGUCUGAAGUGUCCAGUGCUACAAUAGCAAGGGGUCUGGGUGUGUUGGGGGGGCACCUCCUAUAGGAAGGGUUGAGACACAUACAGAAGGUGAUGUCCAGGGACCACGUGACGGCACAUCUGGUUAAGCACACACAUUACAGUGCACAGGGACUCAAGGUUCCCUUCAGGUUCAAGACUCUUGUCCCCACUUGUAGGGGGGAAAGCUUCAGGAACCAUGAAGCAGGUCUGCAGGUGUCUUUUCUUCUCUCUCCCUCUUUAUCUCACCCUUCCCUCUUAAUUUCUCUCUGUCUAUAUCCAAUAGAUAA